UUGAAACAUACUUCUUUUUAAAUACAAAUUUUAAAUUUUUUUUUAUAUUUUUCGCUCUAGAACCUACACAGUUUACAGCUUGCUCAACUUAUUAAAAAAUGUCACAAAAGUCGUAUACAGCAAGAUUAAAACAGGAUUAUAUAAGACUAAAACAGGACCCCGUUCCUUAUAUACAUGCCGAGUUUUUGCCUUCGAACAUUCUUGAAUGGCAUUAUGUUAUUAUUGGUCCCACAGACUCACCGUACUCUGGAGGUUAUUAUCAUGGAAGUUUAAUAUUCACUAAAGAUUUCCCAUUUAAGCCACCAUCAAUUUACAUAUAUACUCCAAACGGAAGAUUCAAGCCAAACAAAAGACUUUGCCUGUCGAUUUCUGACUAUCAUCCAGACACUUGGAAUCCUGCAUGGUCCGUAUCGACAAUCCUCACUGGACUAUUAAGUAUUAUGUUGGAGUCAACUCCUUUACUUGGAAGUUGUGAGUCUACAUUUUUGGAAAAAAAGAAGCUGGCUUUAAAUUCUUUAAAUUUCAAUCUGAAAAACGAGACAUUUGUUGAACUGUUUCCAGAAUUGGUAAUUGAAAUAAAGUCUAAACUUGAGAAGAUUAAUGAAUUAAAGAGACAAAACGAAAAGGAAGCAAGUGAAAAGUCUGCAACUGAAACUAAUCGUGUGGAAAGUAGUAGUAAUAAUGCAUACAAUUUUUGUUUCAAUGUGAUAAUUUUUGUUAUUUUUGGAGUAUUUAUUUGUAUAGUGAAAAAGAUUUAUGAAUCGGGAGAUCAAGAGGAGUAAAAUAAAGUAUAAUAUACUCAUACUGUGGCAACCUGAGUGUCGAAUUCCUUCGACACUCAGUGUCGAAGGAUUUAAAAAUGUCGAAGGAAAGUCGAAAUUUUAAAUUUUUUUUGACCGUUGAAAAAAAUCAAAAAAUAAAAGUAAACAAAUAAAAAUUUCAGUCAUA